GUCAUUGCUGGCGCAUACAAGACGACUCUAAAAAAAGUGAUAUAAGAACCUAUUCCGUUCCACCCACUCCAUCAUCAUAACCAUCUCAUAAAAUCAGUAGAUCCAAUGGCAACAGUAGCUGUGCAAGAAAUUCGACCUCCCACUCUGUCUGCAACCUCAGACCCACCACCUAUCUUUGAUGGAACUACCAGGUUGUACAUCAGUUAUUCAUGCCCUUUUGCGCAGCGCGUAUGGAUCACUAGGAACUACAAGGGAUUACAAGAAAAGAUCAAAUUAGUUCCUAUUGACCUUCAGAACAAGCCUGCUUGGUAUAAAGAGAAGGUCCACCCAGAAGGCAAGGUGCCAUCUCUUGAACAUGACGGCAAGAUUUUGGUAGAGAGUAUUGACUUGAUCAAAUACAUAGAUGUCAAUUUCGAAGGACCAUCUCUAUAUCCUAAUGAUCCUACCAAGAGGGAAUUCGGUGAGGAGCUAAUUAAGUAUGUCGAUAUUUUUACCAAAGAGAUGUUUGGAUCAUUCAAAGGCGACCCUGUAACGCAAACAAGUGCUACAUAUGACUACCUGGAGAAUGCUCUUGGUAAAUAUGAAGAUGGCCCAUUUUUCCUUGGUGAAUUUAGCUUGGUGGACAUUGCCUAUAUCACAUUUGUUGAGAGGUUCCAACUUGUGUCAUCAGAGAUUUACAAGCAUGACAUCACUGCUGGAAGGCCUAAACUAGCUACAUGGAUUGAGGAGGUAAACAAGAAAAAUGCAUAUAAGCAGACAAAACCUGAAAAUCCACAAGAGUUCGUUGACUUUGUCAAGAAGCGUUUCUUGGGGCAGUAGAAAACAUGAGAUGGCAACAGGUGUUUGAGAACUGAGAGGGGCAUGCAAUAUGAGUAAUAAUGUUUGUGCACUAUCUGAAUGUGUAAUAAUGUUUCUGUAACAGUGUAUCAAACACUAAACAAUAUAUCGAUCGAAUCAUAUGCUAUAUAAGAAUUUAAUGUUUCUCCUCA